UCAUUGAUUUAAUUAUUUUGGCGCCUUCCUUGUUCGUUACUUUGUGACUUGUUUUGUUUUUUGUUUGCAACCGGUAUUAGCGGUGUUAAAAUCUAUUGAUAUAAAAUUUUUAUUAUAAGCUACAAUCAUGUGGGACCAAUUUGAUUCUGGUAUGUCAGGAAAUGCAGGUUAUAUGGAUGAAAGUCGUAUGGAUACAACUACAGACGAUGAGAAAAAAGGAAAAAGAGCUGAUAACCUCGUUCCCGUAAUGAUUGGACAUUUGCUUACAAGUGGACCAGAACUUCAAUUACAUGGUUUAUCUGUUCGUGUUGUUUCUGUCGUUGCAAGAAUUAAUAGCAUCGAUCAAGCUACAACAAAAGUCACAUACGUUAUUCAAGAUGAAACAGGUACAAUUAAAGCCAUUAAAUGGAAUUCAGCAGAAGAUGAGGUGGAUUCAAGAGAACAAGAAUUAAAAGUUGGAAUCUAUGCUCAUAUUUAUGGACUUCCUCGAGAACAGGAAGGAGAGAAACAUAUUUUAAUUCUUCGUAUGUUUAAAGUUAAAGAAAUAAAUGAAUUGACAUGUCACCUCCUAGAAGUGUUUUACGUUGCUCAAAUGGGUCUUCAUAAGCAACAUUCAGUGCAAAAAGUUCAAGGUCACGCUAAUUCAUCAUCCACUUCAGAAAAUUAUGAUUUUCCUGGUAUGGAUAAAGAUCAAUCUCAUGUUUUCUAUAUAAUAAAAAAUGACAUUUCUGAAGGUGGAAUUGAAAGAGAUGAAAUUAAAUCUAAAGUUCCUUCGAAUAUUGUUUCAAAAAUUGAUGAUAUUCUUGAAUUCCUUGCUGGCGAAGGACAUAUUUAUACUACACGUACUGAUAAUCAUUUUAAAGCAACUUAAAUUAUAUUCAGAAUGUAUAUAUAUAUAAGGCAAUUGGUUUAAUAUUCCGUCAAUGAUGUUUCAAAAAAUUUUGUAUCUAUUUUGAUGUUCGUUAAAAAUAUUUCAUUUUUUUAAUUUAAUCAUAAAAUUCACUUUGACAAUGAGUUCUGUACAAUACAUACAAAUUAAGAAAUAUAUAUAUAAUUUUCUACAA